AUGUUGACAAAAUUCGAGACGAAGAGUAACAGAGUGAAGGGUCUGAGUUUUCACUGCAAGAGGCCAUGGAUCUUGGCUAGUCUUCACAGUGGGGUGAUCCAGAUGUGGGAUUACAGGAUGGGCACGUUAGUCGAUCGGUUUGAUGAGCACGAUGGACCCGUCCGGAGUGUCCAGUUUCACAGGUCUCAGCCUCUGUUUGUUUCAGGAAGUGACGAUUAUAAAAUCAAGGUGUGGAAUUAUAAAUUACACAGGUGUUUGUUUACUCUUACUGGCCACCUUGAUUAUGUUCGAACCGUUGAAUUUCAUCAAGAAUAUCCUUGGAUUGUCAGUGCCAGCGAUGACCAAAGUAUCAGAAUUUGGAACUGGCAAUCACGUACCUGUCUUUCUGUACUAACCGGGCACAAUCAUUAUGUAAUGUGUGCAUUGUUUCAUCCUAUUGACGACCUGAUUGUUUCAGCGUCCCUGGAUCAAACAAUUCGUGUGUGGGAUAUCAUGCGAUUGAAACAAUUAGGCCGGAUGAACAACGAUUUGUUUGGCGGGUUUGAUGCAGUUGUUAAGUAUGUUUUAGAGGGCCAUGAUCGAGGAGUUAACUGGGCAUCUUUCCAUCCCACUCUUCCUUUAAUUGUCUCAGCAGCCGAUGAUCACCAAGUCAAAAUUUGGCGGAUGAAUGAUUCAAAGGCUUGGGAAGUGGACACUUUGAGAGGGCACAUAAACAAUGUAUCGUGUGCUAUAUUCCACGCCAGGCAGGAUAUUAUAGUGUCCAAUUCGGAAGAUAGGAGUAUUCGUAUUUGGGAUGCUACAAAGAGGACUUGUGUUCAGACUUUUUGGAGGGAACAUGACAGGUUUUGGAUUCUCGCAUCACAUCCCGAGAAGAAUUUACUUGCUGCUGGACAUGAUAAUGGGUUGAUUGUUUUUAAAUUGGAGAGAGAACGGCCUGCUUUUUCUGUGAGUGGUGAUUAUAUGUUUCAUGUCAAAGAUCGAUUCCUGCGCUGUUACAAAUUCUCAACUCAGACUGACGGUCAGGUAAUCUUGAUUAGAAGGCCUGCUACUACUAGCUUAACUCCAGUGGCAAGAAGGCUUUCUUAUAACCCUACUGAGAAUGCUGUUUUAAUCUGUUCUGAUGUGGAUGGGGGGUCCUAUGAACUUUACACUAUACCUAAAGAAAGCUAUGGCAUGGGUGAGAUGAUUCAGGAGGUGAAAAGAGGUAUGGGAGGAUCAGCUGUUUUCGUGGCUCGAAAUCGGUUUGCUGUUUUAGAUAAGAGCUGCAACCAAGUUCUUCUCAAGAACCUUAAGAAUGAGAUUGUAAAGAGGAUUGUGCUUCCUGUCAUUGUGGAUGUAAUAUUUUAUGCUGGAACUGGAAGCCUGCUGUGCAGAACAGAUGACAGAGUGUUUAUUUUUGAUCUCCAGCAGAGGAUUAUUCUUGCGGAGCUUCAAACACUUUUUGUUAGGGAUGUUGUUUGGUCAAAUGAUAUGGAGAAUGUUGCUUUGUUGUGCAAACAUUCGAUAGGGAUAGCCAGUAAGAAGCUUGUGCAUCAAUGUAUUCUCUGUGAGACAGUCAGGAUAAAAAGUGGAGCUUGGGAUGAGAAUGGUGUCUUCAUAUAUACUACUCUGAAUCACAUCAAAUACUGCCUUCCAAAUGGAGACAGCGGAAUUAUCAGGACUCUUGAUGCCCCAGUUUACAUAACGAAAGUUUCUAGAGACAACAUAUAUUGUUUGGACCGAGAUGGGAAAAAUCACGCCAUUGUCAUUGAUGCUACUGAAUAUCUCUUCAAGCUGUCUCUCCUGAAGAAGAGAUACGACCUGGUUAUGGGCAUGAUUAGGAGCUCGAAUCUAUGCGGGCAAGCCAUGAUUGCAUAUCUGAAGCAGAAAGGUUUCGCAGAGAUUGCUCUUCAUUUUGUGAAGAAUGAGAGAACACGUUUUAACUUGGCAUUGGAGAGUGGUAACAUCCAGAUCGCUGUUGCUGCUGCAAAGGAAAUCGAUGAGAAAGAUUAUUGGUAUCAAUUGGGCAUCGAGGCCCUGCGACAGGGAAAUGCAGGCAUUGUGGAAUAUGCAUACCAAAGGACAAGGAACUUUGAGAGGCUAUCUUUUCUCUAUCUUGUAACUGGAAAUUUAGAUAAAUUGUCCAAAAUGCUGAAAAUUGCUGAAGUCAAGAAUGAUGUAAUGGGUCAAUUCCACAAUGCCAUCUAUUUGGGUGAUAUCAGGGAACGCAUAAAAAUUUUGGAGAACACUGGCCAUUUGUCCCUUGCUUAUGCUACAGCUGCAGUUCAUGGGAUUCGAGAUAAAGCUGAGAGCCUGGCGGCCGAGCUGGGAGAUAAUGUCCCUUCUCUGCCUACUGGGAAAACACUGUCUUUGUUGAAACCACCAAGUCCUAUCCUGUGCGGUGGAGAUUGGCCUUUGUUGAGGGUCAUGAGAGGUAUAUUUGCGGGUGGUCUUGAUAAUGUGGGCAGAAAUGUGCAGGAAGAGGAUGAAGAACCUGCAGGCGCUGAUUGGGGGGAGGACUUGGAAUUUCUGGACGUCGAAAACAUGUCAAAUGCAGAUAUCAAUUUGGCAUUGGAGGAUGAAGAAAAGAUUGAAGAAAAUGAAGCAGGAGGAUGGGAGCUUGAGGAUCUUGAUCUUCCACCCAUGACUGAUACUUCAGAAGCUUCCAGCCAUGCCAAUUCUUCGGUAUUCAUUGCCCCAACUCCUGGAAUGCCUUUAACUCAAAUUUGGACACAAAAAACAUCUCUAGCUGCUGAACACACUGCCGCUGGCAAUUUUCAUGUUGCUAUGCACUUGCUAAACAGGCAACUUGGUAUAAAGAACUUUGCUCCAUUGAGACCAUUAUUUCUCGAACUGAACAUGGGCAGCCAGAGUUAUCUUCAUGCCUUCUCUUCGGCUCCAGUAAUAUCUGUGGCAUUGUCAAGGGGAGGCAAUGAAUUAGCAAGCGUACGAGGCCCGCCUGCCCUUGUGUUCAAAUUCUCUCAACUUGUAGAGAAGCUUAAAGCCGGCUACAAAGCAUUUAGUAUGAAGAAAUUACCAGAGGCCUCACAACUUUUCCUGAGCAUUCUCCAUACCAUUCCUCUGAUUGUUGUUGAUUCAAGAAGAGAGGUAGAUGAAGUAAAGGAAUUAAUUACCAAAGUAAAAAUCUAUGUUCUUGGUCUUAAGAUGGAGCUCAAGAAGAUGGAAAUGAAAGACAACCCUGUUCGCCAACAGGAGCUGGCGACCUAUUUAACCCUCUUCGACCUUCUGCUAAACCACAGUAGAAUAGCAUUGGUAAAUGCCACGGUUGCAUGCUAUAAGGCUGGAAAUUUCAGUGCAGCCACCAGCUUUGCCAGGCGAUACUUUGAGACCAAUCCCACCAUUGAAAGCCAAAUAAAAAUCUGCAGGCAAAUCUUAAAAGCCAGUGAGAAGAAGACGGACGCAAACCAGCUGAAUUACGAUUUUAGAAAUCCUUUUGUAGUCUGUGGAGCAACAUAUGAGCCUAUAUACGAAGGACAAAAGGAUGUGUCAUGCCCUUACUGCAGUUCAAAGUUUGUUCCAUCCCAGAAAGGACAGCUUUGUUCUGUUUGUGAGCUUGCAGAAAUUGGUUCUGAUGCAUCUGGAUUGCUCUGUUCUUCUUCCCAGAUAAGAUGA